UCAGCCUCCCUUCUCUCUCUACCCCUACCUGUUUGACACACAACACACAGUAGAGAGAGAAAAUUAUAUUAUCACAAUCUCAUCUGUAUUAAUUUUUCUAUGUAAAUAUGGAUUUUUCUUAGGCAUCUCAUCUCAUCUUUUUCUCUCUCUGUACCUGAAUUCUUUCUCUUUACAGAGAAGGAUUUUCUUUUAUUUUUUGUGCCUGAAUCUUUCGAUUUUGAGGUCAUGAGGAAAGGGAAAGCACCUGUAGCGGCGGCGACGGCGAGGGUGGUGAACGGAGGAGAAGCUAAUGGAUCUGGAGGAUCUAAUGAGAUAAGAUUCAGGGGGGUGAGAAAAAGGCCGUGGGGAAAAUUUGCUGCUGAGAUCAGAGACCCACAGAAGAAAGUCCGCCUCUGGCUCGGCACCUUUGAUUCUGCUAUUGAAGCUGCCCGGGCCUAUGAUGCCGCUGCCUUCUCCCUCCGUGGACCUAAAGCCAAGACAAACUUCCCCCUACCUCCAGAUGCUAACGCCUUCCCUAAUUUCAAACCUAGAAACCCUAAUCAACAACAGAUCAAUAAUAACCCUAAUGAUCCCUUUAUGGAUCCCCGGUUUUACUCUCAGGACCACCAGAUCAUCGCCCAGCAGAGACCCACCUCCAGCAGCAUGAGCAGCACCGUUGAGUCAUUCAGCGGACCCAGGCAGCUUCCACCGCCACCUCCGGUUUUCAUGCAGCAUCGGAGUAACCCCAGGACGCCGUUUGACCCGGAAGAGUGUCAUAGCGACUGCGACUCCUCCUCCUCCGUGGUUGAUGAUGCUGAAUGUGACAUCGCCUCAUCUUCUUGUAAAAAGCUCCUGCUUUUCGAUCUCAAUGAGAUGCCGCCUGUGGAUGCCGCUGAUGUGGACGAGCUUGCAUGCACGGCCCUCCGGCUCUGAGGUGUCUCCAGUGAUGCUCGCAUCAUUUGGAAGAACCCAUUUGGUUAAAUUACUUAAUUUUCUUGUUUUUCUGUUAACCUAUUUUGGUUUUUAUCUGCGGAGAAAAAAGUGAAAAAAAAAAAAAAAAGAAAGAAAAGAAAAGAAGGAGGGAUGAAUGCUCAUAGUCAGGGUAAACUAAGGUGUUAGAAAAACUAAGGGACCUCUUAUGGUCUGUCUGCUAUGAGUGGCUGUUGUUUGAAGAGAAUUUACUUCUUUUUAAAUUAUAAACUUUAAUAUUAUGGACAGUAGGAGACAUUAUGAUGGAUAUUUUGAUGUGUUUCUGUGAUAUUUAAUCUUCUAUCAUGUGAUUUUCUUUGGAAUGCUUAUGAAGUUUGUUGUUGAAGCCA